AUGGAGCACUACGAUGAAGCACUUGCCGUCCCAUCUCCCGAUAUCCAGCUGCUCAAGAUGUCCGGAUCUGAAUCGUGGGCCGACGUCGCCUCCAAGGGCCCCCAGCAGACCGCCGAAGAGGCCCGCGCGCCCCCUCCCGUCGAGGUCCAGACCGACGCCGAGACGUCGACCUCGUCCCUCGUCGACGUCGACAGCGAGUCCGUCCGCACUGUCCCCUCCGAUUACCUCCAGCAGGAGGUGCAGACCGAGACGCAGGCCGAUCGUAUCGAUCGCGAGGAGAAGGCUCGUGCCGAGGCCGAGCUCGCCAAGAAGAAGGCCGCUCACAAGGCCCGCCGUGCCGACAGCUGGCUGACGCGGCAGUUCUCCUCCCUCAGCGACGGCAGCGCUGGCGCCCUCGCCAUUGUCAACCUCGUCGGCGUCGUUGGCCUCAGUGGCUUCCUUGGCUACCGCGCCUGGGGUCUGUACGAGCGCGGUCGCCUGAGCUGGCAGAACGUGGGCGUCGGCCUGGGCGUCCUGGGUGUGGUUGGCGUCGUUGAGGGCAUUUUCGGAGGCUACCUCUACAAGACGAAGGGUAAGAAAUAG